AUGAAUGACAUAAGGACUUUAGUUGGUUCGGAACCAUAUUGGAAUGAAGAUUAUGAAGGUAUUGUUCAACUGCCAUAUAACCAUUUGGCUCAACAGCCUGGUAAAAAUUUCAGAACUAAAUUAAUCAAUACAUUCAAUAUUUAUUAUGGUAUUGAUAAAGUGAGAUUAGAACAGCUAAGUGAAUUGAUCUCUAUUUUGCAUACUUCGAGUUUGCUAAUCGAUGAUAUAGAAGAUAACUCUGAAACUAGACGGGGGAUCCAAACUUCACAUCUGAAGUAUGGAACGCCUAUGACAAUUAAUUCAGCAAACUACAUGUAUUUUAAAGCAAUGGCCGUUUUGGAAAGGAUUGCAUCAGUGAGAGUUGAUGGAUCAACUGAGAAAGAGGAAAAUGUUGAUGGAAGUCUUUUAAAAGAUCUUUUAGUUAUAUUCAAUGCAGAAUUGAUAAAUUUGCAUAGAGGACAAGGUUUAGAUAUUUACUGGCGUGACUCAUUUCCUAGUAUAAUACCUACAGAAUCAAUGUACUUCAACAUGGUAAUGAAUAAAACUGGUGGCUUGUUUAGACUAGCAGUUAGGAUAAUGGAAAGAUUAAAAGAUGAAACAGAUUCCGAUUCAAAGUCAUUAGUACCACUAGCUAAUUUGAUAGGGAUUCUUUUCCAAGUAAGAGAUGAUUACCAAAAUUUAACUGAUGAGACGAUGAUAAAAAAUAAGGGUUUUGCAGAAGACUUAUCAGAAGGUAAAUUAUCUUUCCCAGUUAUUCAUGGAUUAAGGUAUGCAUUGGAUAAUGAAGAUGAGGGAACUAUAUUGUUUCAUACUAUAAAGGCAAAACCUAAAGAAUUGAAGCCGAAAAAGGAAACUAUUGAUUAUUUACGGGACGUAACCAAAUCUUUAGAAUAUACAGAGCUUAAAAUUAAGGAAAUUAGUGAUUUGAUUUUGGAUCCAGAGUUUGUUCCAGAUAAUAAUCAAGAAUUUAACACACAUAUAAUUUCUAUAGUCAAAAAUCUUUCUGAAAUUUAG